UCCGUCUCGACCCAGACUUGCUUUAUUCUGAGUUGGCACAACUUUUUGAAUCGGUCUUCUUCCUGAAAUCCAGGGGAAGAGUUGCAGGUUAUUACAGAGAGUGUGCGCGUUGGCGGCCAUUCUUCCCCUCCCACCCCAACCUCGGCACUGUUGCUGCUGCCUGCAGCCUGUUGGUGACCGAGCGCCGUGUUUAUCUUCGCUGUGGAGGAAGGCAGUAGAUCCCGGCCGCCGGUAGGGAUGAUGAAAAUUGCCAACGGCGAGAAUGUUGCCACAGCAGCAUCGGAUUGUGAUUAUUGGAUCGACGGCUCCAACAAAGAGAGCGUCCUGGGAGAUUACUAUAAUGUAGAAGCGGAACUGGGACGGGGUGCCACAUCAGUGGUGUUUCAAUGCAGACAGAAGGGCACUGAGAAGUCUUAUGCUGUGAAAAUGCUGAAGAAAACAAUAGAUAAAAAGAUAGUUCGGACUGAAAUAGGAAUUCUACUUCGACUCUCCCAUCCCAAUAUUAUUAGACUGAACGAGAUCUUUGAGACUCCAUUAGAGAUUAACUUAGUCCUGGAGCUGGUGACUGGAGGAGAACUAUUUGACAGGAUUGUUGAAAGGGGCUAUUACAGUGAGAAAGAUGCUGCAGACGUUGUCAGACAAAUCCUGGAAGCUGUUGCUUAUCUGCAUCAAAAUGGAAUUGUUCAUCGUGAUCUCAAACCUGAAAACCUCCUUUAUGCGUCUCCAGCUCCAGAUGCAUUAUUAAAAAUAGCUGAUUUUGGACUUUCAAAAAUUGUUGAAGAACAGGUCACCAUGAAAACUGUAUGUGGGACACCAGGAUACUGUGCCCCUGAAAUCUUACGAGGCCAUGCCUACGGACCAGAGGUUGACAUGUGGUCAGUGGGAGUUGUCACCUACAUAUUACUAUGUGGAUUUGAACCAUUCUACGAUGAGAGAGGUGAUCAAUUCAUGUACAAGAGAAUUCUUAACUGUGACUAUGACUUUGUCUCCCCCUGGUGGGAUGAGGUCUCUCAUAAUGCAAAAGAUCUGGUUAGAAAGCUGAUUCUUUUGGACCCCAAGAAGCGACUCACUACUUAUCAGGCACUACAGCAUCAAUGGGUAACAGGAAAAGCUGCAAAUUUUGUGCAUAUGAACAAUGCACAAAAGAAACUUCAGGAAUUUAAUGCCCGCCGCAAACUAAAAGCUGCAGUAAAAGCUGUUGUGGCAUCUAGUCGCCUUGGAAGUACUAGUCACACCAACAUUCAAGAUAGCAGCACCGAACUCAAUAACUCAAACGACCAGCAGGGUGAAGCAGUACAAAAUGAAAACAACCAAAAUUCACAAAAAAAGACAGAAAGUAAUCAAAGUACUGCUGGUGACAGUGGAAGUGGUGUAAUCGCUGGUGAUGUUAGCACUGGUAUAGUAAGUGACGUUAUAGCAGUCACUGACGGUGACAAUCUUAGUAAUGUUGGUACAGCUGAAGUAACCAUUGAUAAAGUGUCAGCUGAUGGUAAUGCUGAAGCUGGCACUGAUGCUGUUAGCACUGGAGAAGUUAACAUUCAUGACAGUAGUCCUGGUGAAUUCACUGUUGGUCGUGUUGAUGUCAAUGAUAGUGAAUUUAUCACGGUUGAAAAUGCCAAUGAAAUGAGUGCUGGUGAAGUUAGUACAUUGUAAGUUGAGCAGAAGUGUAUCGGCCCAUCACUUCUAUAGGAAAUGUUACAAAAACAAGACCAUGCUAAACAAUGUGGUAACAGAAAGGAUGAUGGUAAAGACAAAACUCUUCAUAGGAAGCAUAUUAUAAAUAACAUGAAACUCAUCUUUUGAAAAGCAGUUAUUUGAAAUGUUUGCUGUGCAUGGGAAGCUAAUGCUGUGACUUAAUUUUCAUGUUGAUUUAAUUGUGGCAGCAUACUGAUGUGCAAGUUGAUAAUGCUGAAAAGUUCCACUGCAUUUACUUGCAUGCAGGUUCUUCAUUAAAACACCAGAAUGCUGAAUAGCUUGGUAGUGCAGUAUGUUAUUUACAGUUAACAUUGACUGAAGUUUUGCUGAAAGUAUAUGUAGUACAGUCAGCCUACAUUUUUUAACUUUAAGAUUUCAUCUAAAUGUAUGUCUAAGUCAUGAACAUACAAACUUGAGUUGAAUGAAUGUAGUGUUUUUCAGAUGUGGUUCUAUAAUGUUUUUGUACUUUUAUUAAUAAGAUUUAAAAACCACACAUUCGCCUUUUAGUUCUGAUCCAUGACUUACCCCAUUUAUAUUUGAUUAGAUGAGACUUUAUGAAGUGCAUCACUCCGUAUCCUAACUCAAUUCAGUACAAGUUUAGCUAUAGCAAAACCAGAAAUUUUAUAACGGCCAAUGCAGCUUUUUUCAUUGCUUUAAAUAUUGGUUACAAUGGCUCUAAAUUAUAAUAAAUUAAAGCCCAGAUUGUUUGGAAUAAUAACCAUUACAUAUAUAAUGUGCAAAAUGCUUGUUUAUAUUUAUUCUGAAAAAAAACUAUUUAUUUCAGGGUUUUUUGCCUAAGUAUAAUUGUUAAUAUGUUUAAAUGUUUACUGUUUCUUAAUGUAUUGGUGACUUUCACUUAUGUAAACAAUGUUGAUUGAAUUUAAAUUGCAACUGGAAAUAUGUAAUGAAAUUUCUUCUGCUUAUGAUCUACAUACUGAAAGUUUAUCAGAAUUUUCAAAUGGAGCAAUGCAGUGCACGUUAUCUGAAACAGUGUAAUGAAAUAUUUUAAAAAAUACAAGCAUGUCAUCAAUAUAAUAAAUGCA